CGUGUCCGGUUUCUGUGGUUGUUCCUGCGAAGAAUUGUGUUCGUGCUCCACACUGCUCGCUCGGUACGAGUAGUAAAAUGUAGCUAAGGUCGGAAAUGUUCGUCAGGGCUGGAUGAGAGGAGAGGAAAAGGGGAGGCACCUGUGAGACGGAGCAGGUCAGCCUACCGCGGUGUCAAGUUUACGUUAAUCCCGGCGAGGUACAGUUCCAGACAUAUUUGUCAAGCGGAGGAGUCCUCAUCGGUUCAGCUCCAGCAUUAUGAUUACGUGUUGUUAUCACGGACUUAACGUGUGAGGUGAGCUGUGACUGCCCCCCUUCUUUGUCUCUCCGUACACCUGCAUGUACUGUGGGCAGCCCCGGCCCUUCGGAGAGGCGCUGUGCUCAGAGACUGUGCUGCACUAGAAGAACCCAUGGCUUCUGGCACUCCAUGUCCCUCUGUAGGCCGCAGGCUCAGGCUGCUGGAGUUGCUACUCGGGCCACUGUUGGUCUUGCUGGUUUCUGGGUUGGGACCAGCACUGGGUCAGAAGGUCUACACCAACACAUGGGCUGUCCACAUACCUGGAGGUCAGGAGGAAGCGGAUCAAAUUGCCAUUAAACAUGGGUUCAUCAAUUACGGACAUGUAUUUGGUGAUUAUUAUCACUUCCGGCAUCGUACAGUGGUGAAAAGAUCGCUGUCAGAUCACAGGGGGACACACGUCCGACUUUCAAGAGAUCCCAAGGUGACUUGGGCCGAGCAACAAGUGUCGAAACGGAGAAAAAAGAGGGAUGUUUUCGUAGAACCGUUAGAUCCCAAGUUCAGAGACCAGUGGUACCUGUACAACAUCAACCACCGUGACUUGAAUGCCAAAUCUGCGUGGCAGUUGGGCUACACGGGUAAAGGUGUGGUGGUGUCCAUCCUGGAUGAUGGAAUAGAGAAGAACCAUCCUGACUUGAUGCAGAACUACGACCCGGAUGCUAGCUACGAUGUGAAUGAUGGUGACCCAGAUCCUCAGCCUCGAUACACACAGCUAAAUGACAACAGGCAUGGAACACGAUGUGCAGGAGAAGUGGCAGCAGUAGCCAACAAUGGGAUCUGUGGAGUCGGUGUGGCCUACAAUGCCAAGAUUGGGGGUGUGCGUAUGCUGGAUGGCGAGGUGACUGACAUGGUGGAGGCCCAGUCCCUCAGUCUGAAUCCCCAACACAUCGACAUCUACAGCGCCAGCUGGGGCCCAGAGGAUGAUGGCAAAACUGUCGACGGACCUGCCAAACUCGCCAAAGAAGCUUUUCUGCGUGGAGUUACAGAGGGCCGUAGUGGUUUGGGCUCCAUCUUUGUGUGGGCUUCUGGGAACGGAGGGAGGGAGAAGGACAGCUGUAACUGCGACGGCUACACCAACAGCAUCUACACCCUGUCCAUCAGCAGCUCCACCCAGAACGGCAACGUCCCCUGGUACAGCGAGGCUUGUUCCUCCACCCUCGCCACCACCUACAGCUCGGGGAACCUCAACGAGAAACAGAUAGUGACGACAGAUCUCAAAUCAAAAUGCACAGACUCUCACACAGGCACGUCUGCCUCCGCUCCGCUGGCUGCUGGGAUCAUCGCUCUUGCCCUUGAGGCCAAUAAAAACCUGACUUGGAGGGACAUGCAACAUCUGGUUGUACGAACUUCUCACCCUGCACACCUGCUCACCAACGACUGGAGAACCAAUGGAGUUGGGCGCAAAGUUAGCCAUUCAUAUGGAUAUGGUCUACUUGAUGCCAGUGCAAUUGUUGCGCUGGCAGAAACGUGGACCAGUGUGAGGCCACAGCGGAAAUGUGUGAUCACCAUGGUCUUUGAGCCAAGAAACAUUGGCAGCCAUUUGUUGAUUAACAAGACUGUGGAUGCCUGCAUCGGGACAGACAGCUACGUGACUUCAUUAGAGCACGUCCAGGCGCGGCUCACCCUGUCCUACAACCGCAGAGGAAACCUGGCAAUCCACCUCAUUAGUCCUGCCGGCACACGCUCCACUCUGCUCCACCCCAGGCCUCAUGACUACUCAUCAGAGGGUUUUAACGACUGGGCUUUCAUGACCACCCACUCCUGGGACGAGAACCCCACCGGGGCGUGGACACUGGAGAUUGAGAACGUGGCUGGUGCCAGUGACUAUGGCACUCUGACCCAGUUCACCCUGGUGUUGUAUGGCACCGGCUCAGCAUCUUCCAGCUCCUCUGACAAGGCUCAGGCUGGCAGUGACAACUGUAAGACCUUGGACCUGAGGCAGAUAUGCAUAGAGUGUAACGCCGGCUACUACCUCUUUAAGCAGGGCUGUGUGAAAGAAUGUCCAGCAGGCUUCUCAGUGGGCUCCCAGCUGCUCAACUACACAGUGGGAAACUUUAUACAACCAGCAUCCGUCCCAGCCUGCCUGCCCUGCCCACCGCCCUGCCUGACCUGCAGCAGCCUCAGCCCUCAGGCCUGCCUAUCCUGCCCCCCCCACAGCUCCCUGGACUCCAUCUCUGGCACCUGCCUGCACCUUAACCAGUACAUGCGCGAGUCCCCUGGUAGCUUUACGGUGGGCCAGGGGAACCCGGGAAUGCAGCCCCAGCUCAGCUCCCGGCUGCCCGUCACCGUCGCCGUGCUAAGCUGCAUGGCCAUCAUUGCUACCUUCGCUGGCACCUUCCUGCUGCUGCAGCUGCGCUCAGGCGCACUCAUCAAGAUGCCCUCUCUGGAGGCUGGCGGCGGCCUCGGGGGCAGUUUCAGCCUCGGGGGAAAUAGGGUGGUGUCGUACCGCGGCAUUCCGACAGUGUGGGGGGAUGAUGGGGUAAAUACAGACUCUGAUAACGAAGAGUUUGACGUCCAAAAUGAGAGGACUGCCUUCAUCAAAACACAAAGUGCUCUUUAAUGCCUCCCCCACAUCCCUUUCUCUCUCUCCUGCUUUUAAAGUCUUCUCACCCUCAUUUGCCUGAUAAUUCAGGGCCGUGGUAACUGCCCUCUCACAGUCCUUUCUAGUUUUAUUUCUCGUCACUUUUUUUCCUGGCUCUGUCUAACCGGGUUCACAUCCAAGUCCUGCUUCAGGAUCUGCUGUGGGAGACCUGAUGGGAAGCCGUUGUCUGUCAGAGCUCGGGAGCUUGGCUCUGUUCAUACUUGGGCACUUUUCUAUUAAACUGGCUCUCUCCCUCCUCUUGCCCUCAAUCACUAACAGUGUCUGUCUGUGUGUACAGAGUCCAUUUCCCCCUCCAGCUCCAGCUCAUUUUUGUUACAGUAAACAAAUGAUUAUUAUUUGCUUCUUUUUUUCCCUCUCUUUCCAUCAGUCUCAGUGCAGUAGCCAGAUGAGAUUGUUGAAUGUGCGGCGUAAAGAUGUGUGUGAAUGUGAGCGUGUAAAUCUGAUGAACAGUGUAUUGCCCUUUAUAGAGAAGCUAAAGCUGGUCCUGUCACAUUUAGUACUCUAACUUAAAAGCAAAGAAUUGUAUUACGAGGCAUGAAAUCGGAUUUAGAAACAUUGAUCCUCUCUGAAGUGUCAUUUAGUGACACGAAUGUCCAAAAUCUGUUCAUUAAAGUACCACUUAUCCGUGGCGAGCCACAGUGUAUUUUAAAAAUGCACAAAUCAACAGCAUAAUAGUUGUCAAGGAAAUGUCCAGACUUUAAUGGUUUAUAGUCAUCUGUCACCAGUCAGACCAGUCUUUCUCUGUAUGAGACAUUGUUUUGUAUUUACUUUCAACAAAAUCCAUCUUUCAUAAAGUCUUUUUGUUAUCUGUAUAGUUGUAGUUGUAGGUGUGAAGGGGGGGGUUUAGUUCUCUUAUUAUACACUCAGUCUGGAAAGAUCUCUCUCAGCUCUGGCAGAACAAACGGAGUCACACAACUAGCAAAGCUUCUUCAGCCUCUCAGGAUUCAAGAUAGACUCGAUUUAUCCUGGUUUAGAAACUAUAAGUUCCCCUGCACUCAUCACCUCCCCAGCCAUCACAUGGAAGGGUAUCAAAAGAGUCGAUAAAUAAAGAUAAUAAUAAAACAAAAUUUAAAAAAAACACACACAGGCUACUCCAUCAACCCUGAGGCACAAUCCCUUCCAGGAAUAUUUAAUUUAAUUUCUGUGUUUGAUGUGCUCACAGUCCAGGGGCUGAGAGAGAAGCAGCCAAAGUGCUGAUGGGACCCAGAACAAUAUGAUUGUUGAGCACAAGAGCUUCUCAAAAGUAGCUGGCAGGUGUUCAGUUACCGGUGAUUGAUUCCUUCACAGAGCAGACACUGUUAACAAUACAUCAAGGCUUUCCCUUUUGUCAGAGCACUACAAACGUACAUCAGACGCACGUCAUAUCAUAAUGACUGAAACUUUGUGUGUGUGUGUGUGUCUGUGUGUGUGUGUGUGUGUGUGUGUGUCUGUCUGCCUGUCUGUCUGUCUCUCAGAGAGGUCGCUCAGUGCUCAUGAGGUCUAGAAAUAUGUAUCUGCCCUCUGAAGUGAAGGUUUCCUUCUUCUCACAGUCGCCGCUCUCUUCUUCAAAUCUUGAAUGCUGUUUAGAAAUCGAGUGCGAGACUCCACAUCUCGUCAGUGUCGCUGUACUUACCCUCCAGUCUUCGUUUAAUCUGAAUUUCAGAUUAUGUCUUCAGCAUACUUGCCAAUUAAUUAUAUUCUGAAUGAUACUCAGUAACUAUUUAUUCUGAGAGAUUUUAAUCAUUCCUUUAGGGAAGAUUGUUUUAAAGAGAUUCUUUUUCUCCGGGGCUGGUUAUCAUCUAAAAAUGUGCAUCUCAUGAUUUAACCCACGCACACAGAAAUUUUGAAUACAUUGAUCGUUGUUGAAAUUAUGAUUUUUUUUCUUUUUCAUUUCCAGUACAAAAACGGUGGAGCUUGCUGAGAGAGGUUGUCAUGGUGAUGACAUGCAUACAAAACUGCAGCUGCUCAUCCAUUUUUAAUUUUUUUUUGAUCUACCUCUCAUAACAUUCAGCAAGGUUUCAUAAGCCGUUAGAGGAGCUGUUUAAUGAUUAUAGAGGUCAGAUUAUAUGUAUGUCAGAUAUGAAAACGAUUGUCGGGAAAGAUUUUAGGAGAAUAGGCAUCCAAGUCAAAAGUAUGUCUUAGAAGAGAAACAAGCAAUUGUGAUUCAGAAACUGUAAAGCUGCUGUGUAAAUUCUAGUCCGCUGAAGCUCCUAUCUCUCCUAUAAUGUAUUGCCUUUAGGAUCAGCAUUCAUGGGCAGACACACCUGGGCUUUAAAACUUGUUAUUGAAAAUAGAAUUGGUAGAAGGAUUGUCCAUAGCGUUUAAGUGCUAAAUCAACUUGAAAUUGUUGGGGGCGGGUUUUUUUCUUUCCUUAUACUCAGUGUUUACCCGGGUGGCUCCAUCAGGGGUGAAUAAGUUUAUGUCACUGACAAUCAAAUAAUUUCUUUGUUUUGAGUGCACAAGCACACAAAACUAAUCAAUUUUAAUUUAACCACUGGUGUUGAAAGGCUUUCUCAGAAGGUAUUCUUCAUAAAUAUUCAGAGCUAAAUGUGAUUUAAAUUGCAAAUUGUUCAGAGAGAAAGAGGCGGAAAAAACAUCAGAGAAUAAAGAGUUUCAAACCAGUACCUUCCAACAUCCUGUUCAAAAGCAUGAAAAAAAGAUAGGUAUGUAUGCUCUCAAACACUCAGACACAGCACUGAGCCAGGAAGCUUAAUUCAUCUCAGAUGGCCAGUGCAGGUGUAUGUUUGGCUUAUCGCUACAGUUUCAGCCAGGAAACACUAAACUGGAUUGGAAACCAACCAGAGAAUGUGGAUUUAGAGAAAGUGACCUAAAAAAGGAACAAAGCUAAUGUUGCUGCGGAAUAACGAACGUGUGCUGCAUCGCUUUGUGUGAUGUACAUUAGUGCCUACUGCCAUUUAGGCUUCGAUUAGUCCCAGUUUAAGAAGGUUGCUAAUUUAAAAAUGUAAUAACUACACCCUCAGACUUGAGCCACAAAAUCGUUUUCCCAGCUUGGUGGGAAGUGUGCAAACAACAGAUAAUGGGCUAAAGCAGCCCCAAAAUUGCUUCCAUAAACUAUUUUCUUAGUGUGGAUGCUAAGAGUUUGCUUCUUUAGAAGAACUAUAAUGUGGAACUCUGAGCAAUGCAAUUAGUAUUGAUGCUCAGUCUUUUCAGCAAUUAUCCAUUGUGCUUCUUCCCUUACAAAAGAUUUAUAUUUCUUCCAGAAAGAAUAGUUUCUUCUCAAGUUCAACAUUUUGGGGGUGUUCAGACAAGUUUCGGUGGCCCCUUGAGUGCACACACAAAAUGAUUUAUUCAUAUUAGCUUGAUGUUGUAUUCACUACAGCUUGAAAACUCAGAAAACUUUGUGCAUUCAAGUGUACAACAUUUAAGAAAAUCAUGAAUGCUCGCAGCAUUAAAUAGCUAGUGCUUCUAAAGCACAGGGAGCUGCAAAAAAAAAACAUUAGCUCCUUACACUGCAAGAAUGUGAUGAAAAUUAUGCACAAAAAAGGUAAAAAAAAAAAGAGGUUCUCUAAUUGUGCCAGAAAGCAGCUCAUCAUCAUAAGGCUGCCACUUCACCGGCCCUUAAGUGUGAAGCCUUUUAAUAUAGAAAGUAACAGGAACGUUACAAAAAAAUCAGCUUGUCGCAAAUUGUCUCCUCUGGCUAUAAAGAAAAGACUCUUUCUUCAUACAGCUGAUUUCUUUCACAUGGAGCUCAAUGUUGCUUCAGUCCUGCCUUAGGAUGUAGUCUUAAGUGAUCAAUAUGAAGUUGGAUGAAGUUAAUAGGAGCAAUAUCUUUGGCAUAACCAAAGACAAUCAUUUUAAUGCUGUCUGUUUAGUGUUACGACAUGCUGCUUUCAGGUUGUCACAUGUCGCCCCUUCACUCGUGUUCAAAGUGUUUUGUUGAUGUCAUUCUGUCAAGAUCUGCAGCGACACCCUGUAUGUUCAGCAGCUGAGGAGGUAGAAUGUAUCCCAUCUCCAUUAACUUAAGGGCUGAAUCAGAUCUGUGUGUGUGUCUGUGUGUGCACAUACUUGUUUAAGUAUAAAUGAAACACUUUGUGAUGGAGGAGGCGGAGGGGAGCAGAUAGUGGAGGAGCCCCCUCAGACGACUCUGUCGACGUCCUCCCGCCUCUUUGUGAGGUUCCUGGCCUGUUGCUGCACACAGUACCUUGCAGAUUUGUGACCUAUGAAUAAUGUACAAGAAUGACUAUCUUACAUGGGACGUAACUAAAAUAAGGCCUAUUUUUGUACUAUAUGAAUGGUGCAGUGUAAUUUUCUUGUAAUUUAAAGAUUUUUUUUCUCGUUUUUUUUCCUUUUUAUUUAAUUGAUGUCAAUUAUAGAUUCUACUAAAAUAAUAAAGAUCUAUGCAAAUUUGAA